AUGCGCUCCCUGACAGAACAAGAGCUGCGCUCCGUGCUCGAGAAGCUGACCGUCUACGUUUCCUCGUCCGUGAAAGAGCUGCUCACCAACCUCGACGGCGCCUCGUCAAAACCCGACCGCUAUGUUUUUCGUCUCUCGCAAGGCCGCGUUUACUACCUCCGUCUUUCCCUCGCAAACCUAGCCACCUCCAUCUCGCGCGACAAUCUGCUUGCUUGCGGCACAUGUCUUGGCCGCUUCACAAAAUCCGGUAAAUUCCGGCUACACAUCACCGCGCUCUCCAUCAUCGCACCAUUGGCACGACACAAGGUGUUCCUUCGAUCCAACGGCGUUAUGCCGUUCUUGUACGGCGGGCACGUGGCCAAGGCACACACGCAGCGCUGGCCACAAGACUGCCACGAGUACGACGGAAUGAUUGUUUUCGAUAGCAACGAGAUGCCGCUAGGCUUCGGCAUUGCAGCGAAGAGCUCGGCAGCCGUGCAGCGGUUAGGGCCUGCUGAGACGGUGUGUAUUAAUCAGGCGGAUUGCGGCCAGUAUUUGCGCGAUGAGGAGACGCUGUUUGCUGCAUAG